AGCUGUGAAAAUUAUCUGAAGUAGAAUGGAAGCUUCAGUAAUAUUACCCAUUCUGAAGAAAAAAUUGGCUUUUCUUUCAGGAGGGAAGGACAGAAGAAGUGGCCUAAUUCUGACAAUUCCAUUAUGCCUUGAACAGACGAGUAUGGAUGAGCUGAGUGUCACACUAGACUACCUUCUAAGUAUCCCAAGUGAGAAAUGUAAAGCUCGAGGAUUUACUGUGAUAGUGGAUGGCAGAAAAUCUCAAUGGAACGUGGUAAAGACUGUUGUGUUAAUGCUACAGAAUGUUGUUCCAGCUGAGGUGUCACUUGUUUGUGUAGUAAAGCCAGAUGAAUUUUGGGAUAAGAAGGUUACGCAUUUCUGUUUUUGGAAAGAGAAAGAUAGACUUGGCUUUGAGGUUAUUUUAGUAUCUGCUAACAAGCUGACUCGGUAUAUAGAACCAUGCCAACUAACAGAAGAUUUUGGAGGAACUCUCACCUAUGAUCACAUGGAUUGGUUGAACAAGAGACUGGUAUUUGAAAAGUUCACGAAAGAGUCAACAUCCUUACUGGAUGAGCUUGCUCUAAUUAACAAUGGAAGUGAUAAGGGAACUCAACAAGAAAAAGAGAGAUCAAUAGAUUUGAACUUCCUUCCAUCAGUUGAUCCUGAGACGGUAUUGCAGACAGGUCAUGAGUUACUAUCUGAGUUACAACAGCGUCGAUUCAAUGGUUCAGAUGGAGGGGUAUCCUGGUCUCCAAUGGAUGAUGAACUACUUGCUCAGCCACAGGUCAUGAAGCUACUAGACUCACUCAGAGAGCAAUAUACUCGCUACCAGGAAGUUUGCAGACAACGUAGCAAGCGCACACAGCUGGAGGAGAUUCAGCAGAAGGUAAUGCAG